GUCAAACAAAAUUGACGUUUACGCUUGAUUAGAUUUAAUAGAAGUUGCCGAUUGAUAAAGUGGGCGGUACACAAUUGAAAAUUAAAUAAAAUAACUAACAAGAAGCAAUCUGUGGUAUAAUAAUGUCGGCGAAUGUAAACGUGUGUGAUAUUGGAGACGACGUAAAGGAGGUUCUAAAGAAAUUUCGCUUCCAAAAACAUACUUCAAAUUGUGCCUUAAUUUUGAAGGUGAACAGAGAGAAGCAAGCUCUAGAAGUUGACGAAGAGCUGGAUAACAUAGAGCUCGAGGAGCUGCAGGACAUCCUGCCGUCCCACCAGCCGAGGUUCAUAGUGUAUAGCUACAAAAUGGAGCACAGCGACGGCAGGGUGUCGUUUCCCAUGUGCUUCAUAUUCUACACGCCGCGCGACGCGCACAUGGAGUUGCAGGUUAUGUACGCGGGAACACAGCGCGCGCUCGCCGCGGCGGUCGGCGCGCCGCGGUUGUUGGAAGUGCGGGAAAUUGACGAGCUCACGAACGAGUGGCUCAACGACAAGCUUAGGAGGUAGAGAUGAGAAGAGAUGGGAAGAGAUAAGAAGAGAUGGCUAGUGAUGGAGGAAUAGUGUACAUGAGGCGAAGGAAAGAAUGUAAUGUGUUAAGAAGUAAAAAAAAUGUAAAAGAAGAGAUGAGAGGAGAUGUGAGACUAACAUAUUAACGGCGUAUUAAGAUAACGUGUUUAGCAUAAUACACAUAUUGUACAUGUCAAAACUAAAAUAUUAUAAUGAAAUGUAAAUUGAAAAAGUAGACUUGAAUAGAGUUGAGAAGUGAUAGAGUGAGUAAAUCUAGAUAUUUACACAAUAACGCAAUAAUAUAUUUACUAAUAAAUGAAAA